CGGUGCUCAGCGGUGUGGAUAAGACGCCAUUAGAGCGCUUUUUUUUUCCAUACUUUUUUUGUUUUAGACGAAAGGAGGUCGCUAUGGCGGUGGAAUCCAGAGUCACGCAAGAGGAAAUCAAGAAAGAACCAGAGAAGCCGGUUGAUAGAGAAAAGACAUGCCCGCUGCUGCUCAGAGUUUUCACGACUAAUAACGGAAGACACCACCGAAUGGACGAGUUUGCACGAGGAAAUGUGCCAUCGAGCGAGCUUCAGAUUUACACUUGGAUGGACGCCACCCUUAAAGAACUUACCAGCCUGGUGAAGGAGGUUUAUCCUGAGGCCCGAAAGAAAGGCACACAUUUUGCCUUCGCCAUCGUAUUCCCAGACCCAAAACGGCAGGUGUACAGAGUUAAGGAGAUCGGGAACACCGUGUCGGGUCGGAAGGGGGCAGAUGAUUCCAUGACCCUGCAGUCUCAGCGUUUUCAGAUUGGGGAUUACCUGGAUAUAGCCAUCACACCUCCGAACCGUGCUCCUCCGCUGCAAGGGCGCAUGAGACCAUACUGAUCUUAUGCAGAUGAAUCGGCUCAUAGCUGUUAUUGUUGCAUAUUUUCUUUGACAUUUUAUGCUUCCUAUUUGUUGGUACCAGAUGUACUCUGAACUUUUAAGAUAUUAGUAUCUUCAUUUACCACCAUGUAAAUUGUUUUGCUGAAUAAAUCUUUUUUUUUUUCCUACAAAA